AUGGGUAAGAAAGAGAACUGCAGGCCUGACGGACGAGAGCUUGGUGAAUUCCGAACCACCACAUUGAACAUCGGUUCUGUUUCAACGGCUGAUGGCUCUGCCUUAGUGAAGAUAGGGAAUACCACCAUCAUCUGUGGUAUUAAAGCGGAACUUACAGCUCCACCAGUAGAUGCACCAAAUAAAGGUUACAUAGUUCCCAAUGUCGAUCUGCCGCCCCUCUGUUCCUCUCGGUUUCGCCCUGGUCCUCCAGGAGAACAAGCCCAGGCAGCCAGUCAGUUUAUCGCAGAUGUCAUUGAAAGUUCACAGGUAAUACGACGAGAAGACAUUUGUAUUGAGAAAGGAAAGCUCUGCUGGGUCCUGUACUGUGACAUUAUGUGUCUUGACUAUGAUGGCAAUAUUCUGGAUGCCUGUAUUAUAGCCCUGAUAGCAGCUCUUAAAAAUGUUCAAUUACCAGAAGUCAACAUAAACACAGAAACAGAGCUCGCAGAAGUAAAUAUGAAACAGAAGAAACAUUUAAACAUUACUAAACACCCAGUUGGAUCUUCAUUUGCUGUAUUUGAUGACACCAUUAUCAUUGUAGAUCCGACAGCUGAAGAGGAGGAGUUGUCAACAGGCAUGAUCACAGUCGUUACAGAUGAGAAUGAAAAGCUCUGUGCAGUCCACAAACCAGGCGGAACUGCGUUAUCAGGGGAAAAACUUCAAGACUGCAUCAGUCGAGCCAUAACAAGAAACCGAGAAGUGAGCAAGCUGAUUAACGAAGUGAUGCAAAGUGCGAAGCUCAAGUAAAGAAAUGAAUUCAUUCUGAUUUUUUUUUCUACAAGGUGUAUUUUCAUGUUAAUAUUAUUUUUUACCACAAUAAAACAGCUGGAAAAGA